AUGAUUCUUGUCAGUCUGCCGUUGCUAGGCAGUCGUAACUAUGGAUCCUGGUGCAUUUCGAUGAGGAAUGCGCUGGAAAUCAAAAAUAAGUGGUCGAUCGUUGACGGCACUAUCACAGCUCCAAGUAGAGAUCAAUUCCAGUAUGUGGCGUGGAGACGUUGCAAUCUCAUGAUCUGUUCAUGGAUCUUCAAGUCAGUCCACGCCUCCAUUGCUCAGAGCAUAAUGCAUCUGGACAAAGCCACAAUGUAUGGGAAGACCUGCAGAGGGUUUUCUCAGUGCGAUGCUCAGAAAAUCGCAGCAGUUCAGAACGAAAUAUACAAUCUAAAGCAAGGAACUCUUUCAGUAAAUGAGUACUACACGAGGUGUAGGACACUCUGGGAGGAAAUGAACGCUUUGCGACCUCUACUAGUAUGCAAAUGCGAUCCGAAAUGUAGCUGCGAGCUUGUUGAUGGAAUAAGGAAGGAUCGAGACAUUGAUCAAGUCAUCCGAUUCCUUCAAGGUCUUACUGAUGACUAUAACAAUCUGAAAUCAAAUGUACUGGUGAGCGAUCCUCUUCCUGAAGUAUACAAGGUGUUCACCAUGGCUGAAAAAUUGGAAAGGCAAAUCGCCUUAGCCAAUCUGGACCUUGGAAAACUUGAAGUAGGUCAAGCCAAUGCCGUUGCUGUGCAUAAUGAACAUGAACUGGUUGCAGCCGUAAACUCUUACUCUGGCAGAAACAGUGCUAAUCAAAACAAAGGAGCCAAAUGCACUCACUGUGGAAUGAGUGGGCACACAGUUGACAAGUGUUUCAAAAAACACGGAUAUCCUCCGGGUUGGAUCCCGGGAUAUAAGACAAGAGGAAAACACAUAGCAGACCGGGACCGACAAACAUGGAGUCUACUCUCUCUAGAGCCACUGCCGGUCAGAUGGAGAAGUUGA